AUGUGGCGCCGAGUUGGAUUCAACAGGGUGCUUGCCACAGUGCAUCCUUGGCCAGACGCCACUGCGCCUGAGCUAGUGAGCAGCAGCAUUGCCGCGCUGAUGGCCAGCAGGAGAAGUGGCAGUAGCAGUAGCAGUCGUGUGUGCCACUUACAGUCUUACCUGGGUGCCCGACCCUCCAGCGUAACAGGCAUCGCUGGCCCUAGCCAUGUUGCUGUUUCUGUCGCUGCAUCCCCUCUUACCAGCAGCGUUGGCGUUAUGCGACCCACCCGACUCCUUCGUCGACCGCAAACGAUAAAGCCGAACCCGAAUGAGGCCAUGAGCGGCCAGUUUGAGAAGAGUUUCGAGAAGUUGACAGACAAAAUUGAGUCGCGCCUCCCCUUCCGCCAGCACCACGUUCUGCAUGGCAACAUCUACGAGCAGCAGUAUGGUGACCGGAGUGAGCAUGACAUGUGGGUGGAGGCACAGGAAGACCUGCAUGGACGUGAAAAGGAGAAGCCAGCUGCGCGGCAGGCGCGUAGCUACUUUUCUGACGAAGACCUUUCUCCAGAGGCAUUGCACGUCCGCUCGCCACAGCUGAAGGUGGCACAGAACUUUCAGAGGCAGAUGUACGACAAGAAGAUUCUGAAGACGACCGCAGAGCCAGCCGCCUACUACUACCCGGAGGUGACUCUGGAGGAGAAGCGGCUCUAUCGUUGGAUGCUGAUUGCUGGCUGGAGCGCCGUUGGCGUGAUGACGCUCAUGGGUUUGCGACGUCUGGGUGAGUACAUGCGCACGGCUGGUUAG